AUGUUGAUGUGUCAUUUAUUAUUAGAUAGGCUAUUUACAAUACUCUUUUUGCGUUACCAAGCUAUCACGAAUGCAUUGAGAAGAUGUAUCAUAUCGAGAGAAAAUCAUACUUCAUUGUUGACAGAUAAAAUGAAUCAUUGUUUCCAACAUCUCUGCUCAUCAGGAGAAAGCAUCAAUGAUUUUUUUUCUUUACAAAUUUUAUUUAUUCUAACAACAGUGUUCAUUAUAUCCUUCAGCGAUAUUUUUAUUCUUAUAAGAUUGUUCAAUGCAGACCAAGUUAGAUUCAGCAAGAAUAUCGCUAUUAUUGGCCGGGUGUGUGGGGUAGUAUUUAGCUUUCUAACGAUUUGGCGUUUCGGCUAUAGAUUUUCUUCAAUUUCAAAUAAGGCAGAUGAUUUCAACUCUCUUCUAUACCGGCUCAUGAUGGAAGAUAAUACUAACCAAAUACUACAUAAUGAAAAGUUAAGCCUUCAUUUCACAAUGAAGCGAGAGGUUGUGUUCUCAGCUUGUGGUUUGUUCCAGUUGGACUUUAAACUGGUUCAUUCGAUGAUAGCUUCAGCCACGACAUAUCUGGUCUUGCUAAUUCAGUUUGGACAACUCAAGCCAGACAAAUCAUGGACACCAACUCCUUCGACAGCCGACAAUCUCACAACCCCUCAUCCAAUGCUGCUCACUACUAACAACUAG